CGAAUAAAAGAUAAAUCACCAGCAGAAUCCAUCGGCAUUGUCAGUCACUAUAUAAAUUGCAAGAGUAUGGUUGUUUUAAAGACAAAUCCGACCAUGAAACAGCUUGUAGUGAAAUCUUGGUUCUUUUUCUUCUUUCUCCUUGCAUCUCAAUCAGUCUCAGCCCACAAAAAAUCAUUUAACCAGAAAGAACCAUGCAAGCGAUUCGUGCUCUACUACCAUGACAUCCUCUUCAACGGCACAGAUUCAGCAAAUGCAACAUCUGCUGCAGCCACUGAACCAACUGAGCUAAAUAAGUUCAACUUUGGUAUGCUAGUUGUUUUUGAUGAUCCCAUGACAAAAGACAACAGUCUUCGAACCCAUUCAGUGGCACGAGCACAAGGGUUCUAUUUCUAUGAUAUGAGAUCUUCUUACACUGCCUGGUUUGCCUAUACUUUGAUCUUCAACUCCACGAAAAAUAAAGGUACUAUCAAUAUCAUGGGAGCUGACUUGAUGAUGGAGAAGACAAGGGAUUCAGUGGUUGGAGGGACAGGAGACUUCUUCAUGGCUAGAGGGAUUGCCACUAUUCAGACUGAUACUUCCCAGGGUGAUUACUACUUUCGUCUCAAGAUGGAUAUUAAGUUGUAUGUGAAUGUUAUGAAAAUUAUCAGAUUUUAUGAAUAAAUAGGUGCAUUUAUGGGUGCUGAAAAUUUCUUAUUCUUAUGUAAGU